CAGAUGUUUGUCAUUUAAAAAGUUGCAAGUGAUCUGUGUAACCUCCUUUACUAAAAGACUCAGUUUGUUUACUUGUAAAAUGAGUGAGACUUCUGAACCACCUGUAAAGCAGCAACAUUUACAAAAGAAGAUAGGAACCCACAAUGGAACAUUUCACUGUGAUGAAGUCCUAGCAUGUUUUAUGUUGAGACAGCUCGAAGAAUACAAAGAUGCUGAAAUAAUUAGGUUGGUGCCUAAUCAAACCAAUUUAAAUAAGUAAACUGGCUCAUAUUUCUUAGGUUAUCUAGUUUUAUAUUAUCAUCUGAGGCUGAUGUAAAAGCUUAUCGUAAUAAAUUAUUUAUUAUUAACUUAAUUUUUUAAAAAUCUAAAGCAUAACACUUUUAAACUUCUAUUCAUUCUCAGAACUCGGGACCAAGCAGUACUGGACACAUGUGACAUUGUGGUUGAUGUUGGAGGUGUUUAUGACCCUAGCAAGCAUAGAUAUGAUCACCAUCAGCGGUAGGUCUCAUACUUUUAUUAUGGCGUCCUCACUUAAAAUAUUUAUACUAUAUUGUAUAUUACCCUUCGAAAUACCUACUUUUCGCAUGCAUGGCUGUAUGUUAUUCAAUAUUAUUCAGUCCAAAAUAUUCAAUAUUUUUCAGUUUAAAAACGUAUUUUCUGCUUAGAAGAUCUCAUGAUCAAAAAUACUGUUGUACCACAGUUGACAUAUUAGCCUGGAAUUGAUAAUUCACUCAUUCAUUUAAAAUUAACGUUAAUAAUUGUUAGAAAAUAUUAUAUAAACAUUCUGAAUUAAGUUAUAAAAAGUCACUUAUUGAAUAGAUAUAUUAUAUACAAUGUGAUGGUUUUUCCUAUUUCAAGAUAUUUAAAAAAAUUUUGUAACAGCUUAGGCGUUAGAAAGUGGUAUUGGAUGAAGAAGUUUGUAAAAGAACUAAGAUAUUAUAUCUUUAGGGCAGAAAUAUAUUACUUUUUUACUUAUGACCCCAACAUCUUCACCAGGAGUUUUACAGAAUGCAUGCACAGUUUAAAUCCAGAGAAGAAAUGGGUGACAAAGCUGUCAAGUGCUGGGCUGGUGUACUACCAUUUUGGUGCAGAAAUAGUUGCCACAAAGUUGGGCUUGUCGGUGGAUGACCGUGUCACACAGACAGUCUAUGACAAGCUGUAUGAAAACUUUGUGGAGGAAAUUGAUGCUAUUGAUAAUGGUAUAAAUCAAACAGAUGGGGAGCAAAGGUAAUUGGGUGCUGUGCAUGAUGAUAAAAUGUCAUAGGUUUUGCAACAGAUUGUUAAAAAAAUAUAUCUCCUCUCGGACUUUGAUUUGCACAGUCUCAAAUUUGAUUCAAUGCUCUUAGAUAAAAAUCUGUACUGAAAUUAAUAAAAGAUAUAGGCAACAUAAAAAAGACUAUAGGACAAAAGUAACUGAAAACAUUUAUUGUCUUUGAUUGGAAUUAAAAGUUAACUGUGAAAAGGACUGAACAUUGUUAAGAGUGCACUGUAGCAUUUUUUUGUGUGGCCAUGUUUCUGUUCUAGAAUUUAUCAAAUUACGUAUAAGCAUGAAUUUGUUGAGAAAAUGAAGGGACGCAAAAUAAAAUGUACAAAUUAAUUAUUGCUGGAGUUUUCAAAACUGUGGUUCUGGGAAAGUUGGCUUUAUGAGGUAACUUAAAGUUAAUAAUUUUGGCAAUGAAAUAUCAUCCAUUGAACAUACAUUCAUUCAAUUUACAUUCAUCAAACAAACAUUCAUUUAACCUGCAUUCAUCAAAAAAACAUUCAUUGAACACGCAUUCAUCAAAAUUUCAUUGAUACCCUCAUAUGACUUUAAAACAUGUUUCAUUGAAAAAAAUUGACAAUAGCCUGGCUGUCCUUUCAUUCACUCUAAUUAUUAUUUGUCUUGUUUAUCCAGAUAUCGAAUAACAACUACACUGAGCAGUCGUGUUGGCACUUACAACCCGAAGUGGAAUGAAAAAAAUGUGGAUAUUCAAGUAAAAAUUUCUAGAUGUUUUUUUAUAUUAAAAAAAUAUAUAUAAAUAAAAGUAAUUUGAAGCUAAUAACCUAUUCACUACUACUAGCCCAGACCUGUUUACUCUUACGAUUUUGGCGUACAAUGUACGAUUUUAAGGUGUAUACAUGUUUAUAUUGUAGGUUUAUUAUUUUACAAUUAAGAUAAUGUUUUUAACGAUUUUGUGAUGAUAUUGUACGAUUUGAAGAGUUUGAGGGUAAACAGGUCUGCUAGCCCUUUUCAGACUUUAUGAACAUAAGUUUAUAGUUGAAAGCUACAGGCAUAAUCAAUAUUGUUAAAUAAUGUAUAAUCUGGUUUUUGGUAAUGGAAAUAUGAUUUUCUUAAUCCAAAGUCAUCUUUUAGGGCAGAGCUAUAUAAUAAUUGCAUGAAUACAAAAUUAUACAAAUUUCUUUAAUGAAGUUGGGAGAAAAGUUAUUAACAUAAACAAAAAAAUUGUGAAAUAUAUUUACACUGAUUUUUUAAACUGUUUUAUUUUUUUCAAUAUCUCACCAGACAUAAGUCAAUACCCUAGGAUCCUGCACACAAUUUUUGUUUGUUUGUGCAAAUCAUAUAACAAGAAUCAAUGAUUUUUACAUGCAUACAAUAUCCUUUGAAUAAUUCAACUCUGUUAUAUUUUGUCUGUUACGUUUAGCUGCAGUUUGAGAAAGCGAUGAAGUUGGUUGGGGAGGAAUUCUCUGAAAAAAUAUCCUUCUACCAGUCAGCUUGGCUGCCUGCUCGAAUAAUUGUGGCACAAGCAGUUAAAAACAGACACAAGGUAAGCCCUGUCAACAAAUUUUUGGAAAAACCAAGCAACUGGCUGUACCCCAUAGUGAUAACAGCUCUUUUUCCUGUUCCGAGGAGUCAUACUUUGAAAGCAGCUCCGACUCAAGGUAGAGGAAUCCACCACAUGAUGUCAUUCUAGGGUUUCACUAUGCUGAGAGUAAAACACAUGUUUAUUACCAUUGCUGAGAAUCACAGAUGAAUUUAUCGAGAUAUAAAUGAGGCAGGAUAUCAUGUGUUUAGUAGUUGGGCUUACAUUUGGCAAACGAUAAUGUCUUGGUUGGUACUGAAGGUUGUGAAAGGGUCCCUUGCCAAAUAAAUUUUUUUUGCACCUGCGAGGAUGACUGUUGGUUGAGUUUGAAAAUAGUAACAGCUGGGCAGAGAAAUAUACCUGCAUUGAAAAUGAAAAUAACAAUGUUUUGAAUAGAUGAAAACAACUCAUUUGUUAAGAUAUAAUUAAGUUAAGAAGGUGUUGUGAGGUGGUGUGAAUUUAUGGAGUACCAUGUGUUAUGUAACGUUUUAAAAAGUUAAUCUUUGUUAAUAGUUUGCUCCUAGAAGAAAUAAUACAUAACAAAAGACUGAUGUAACAGUAUGCAAAGAGAACAAUACCAAAGCUAGUGAUGCCAACAUUUUAAUUUAAUUAUAUAAAGCAGAUUAAUAACGUUAUGAGAAUGGGGGUCAUCGUCUCUUUUAUUACUUAAGCAGCAACUUUGAGAGAAAGCCCUAACAAAACAUUUGUUUUUUAAAUCAACCAUUGUUAAAGUAAAAGUGAAAAGUUUGUUUAGGGAAGAAUUAUUUAUGCUGAAUACAUUAAAAAAAUUCCUAUAGUUUUUUUUUUAUACACAGGCUGAUCCCAGUGGCCGAAUAAUUUGCCUUGAGGAAGGUGGUGCCCCAUGGAAGGACCAUCUCUUUACAUUGGAACAAGAGGAAAACAUCUCCCCCAAUAUACUUUAUGUGUUGUACACUGACCAGAACAAUAGCUGGAGAGUCCAAUGUGUUCCAUUAAGCCUGGGCUCUUUUGAAAACAGGUAGUUAGUCUAAUUUAGUGAGAUAAAUCUAAUAUUUUUUUUUACAUCGCUCCUGUCUUGGCAAUCUUUGGUACCGGUAGUAAAAGAAACUGAAUUGAUCCCUGCUACAAAUUACAGUUAAUAGUUAAAUGAAUGAAAAGAUUAAUUUUAACAAAAUAAUCUUUAACUCGAUAAUUAUUUUUUUUAAAAGAAUAAAAUAGUUAACUUGCUUGCUGCAUCCAGCUUUUUUGUGAAAACAUAAAUGUUGUAAUAUAAAUAAGUCAUAACUUUUACCAAGAUAGUGCUGCUUUUUUAAAACAUUUGUAAGUAAGCCAAAAUUUUUAAUUUGAGCCUUAAAAGUAAAUUUAAAAAAAAUUUUAUUNAAACAUAAAUGUUGUAAUAUAAAUAAGUCAUAACUUUUACCAAGAUAGUGCUGCUUUUUUAAAACAUUUGUAAGUAAGUCAAAAUUUUUAAUUUGAGCCUUAAAAGUAAAUUUUUAAAAAAAAUUUUAUUCAGUUUUUUUUUUCAAGUCAUUUGUACAUUAUUUUAAACAAUUUUCUGUUGCAGAUUGUCUCUCAAAGAAGAAUGGAGAGGUCUGCGAGAUGAUGAACUGUCAAAGAAAAGUGGCAUUGAUGGCUGUAUUUUUGUGCAUACAUCUGGAUUCAUCGGGGGCAACAAAACUUAUGAAGGUGCAUUGGAGAUGGCCAGGAGAAGUCUGGAGGAAUGAAUGUUUAGACUUAUUGAAUGAGGGAAAAUGUGAAGUUUAAUUGCAUUUAAAAUAGUUUCUGUAACAGCUUCUUGUUUCAGCACUGCAAAGUUAUUGAAAUAUGAACACAGGAUGCCUUUAAAACUGAGCCUGCAUCUCAUAAAAAAAAUUACAAUCAAAUUGUAGUUUUGAUUUAAAUGUGAAAAGUGCUAAAAUUUCUUACAUUAUUUAAUUCAAGUGAAUAUUUAUAAGGAGAAGACUAAUACUUAAGCUGUUUUUUUUAAAAAUUGAAGAACUAAACACCGGCAUCUUGUCAUUGUUUUUUGUUUUUUUAACAGACUCGAGUUUCUAUUUUAGGACCUUUUUAAACACACGCUUUUAUACUGAGAAAAAAAUAUCCGCGUCUGGUUAGAAAACUUUAAAAUGUCUUGAUUAUGAUCACCAUCAGACAUCUUCUAACAGGCAGUCAUUGUUCAUUAUAGACAUUGCUAUACAGUAAUCAAAUAGACAGUUUUUAAAAGAACUAUAAAUGCUGCUGUUCAUGAAGUGGUUAUAAAUAAAUGUCUGUUGUUUA